UUUCACCAAGUGGUCCGCUUUCGCCUGAGAAUUGUCGCAAUUCGGAACAGUUUCCAAUUUUAUUUCGCCGCAUGGUUAUACAUAGCUGUCUCAAUGUCGCUCUGGAAGAAUAAGGACUUUUGAUAUUUGGUUCGCAGUAUUGUGAAAGAGCGAGACAGCCUUCGUUUAUAAUACACAGUGAGCGAGACUAUGAUGUCAAAUGUUGAAAGAGACUUGAAUGGAAACGUAAAACAUAAGAAAUCCUUCACCCGGUUUCCUGAAGAUUUGAUAAUCCGCGAGACCGUUCCCGGUCAGGACACAACUGAAGAGCUGGAAUUGAUUGUACAGAGCUCGGAAAAAAUCGACGUGAACUGCUUGAAUGAGUACGGCCAUACUGUGUUGAGUACGGCGGCAUUUGUAGGCAGUAUGAAAUGUUGUAGGAUACUUGUUGAACUUGGAGCAGAAGUAGGAAAACAGGACGAAGAUGGCUGGACUGCGAUGCAUUAUGCCAUGGCAAAGGGAUAUUUGGACAUUGUAAAAUAUUUGGUUAUGUGUGGAGGAGAUUUAUUCGCUAAAAAUAACGACGGCGACGCACCAUUGGAUUUUGUCGAAGAUAACGAAAUUAAAGAAAUACUCUUAGCGAGUUACGAAAAAUAUUCGCAGAGCAAAUCCGAAGUAUAAUCGGUGCAUCUAGCGUGACUCAAGUGUGAAUUUUGUGGAGUCGUCAAGAUUGAUGUCUUCUGUCGCAUAAAUUUAGGAUAGACACUCUAAUCAAUAUUGCAUGCCUUGCAGGUUGAUUUCAUGUCAGUUACGAAUGUAAUUAAAAGCGAUUUUUGCACGAAGUGAAAAAGAAAGAAUAUUAUAAGAACUAUAAAAACGUCAAAUGCAUGAUUUA